CUCAAAUCUUUUAAUCCCCCAAAACCCAUCACAAAGAGAGAAAUAAAGGAGGGAGAAUGCGAAAGCAGUCUCUCUUUUUUCUGGAUCUCUCAAUAACCACAAACCAACACAUUAUGGUCUAGAAUCUCUGUUAUAUCUGUUUAUUUAAUUUUAUUUAAUUUUUUGUUUUUGUUUUUAUUACAAAAACAAGUUUCUUAGAUUUAAACAAACAAACCAACCACCUUUUUUUGUACCAUUGUUUCCCUUUUCUUUCUUCCUCAACCAUUAGCUGAAUUCUUUCUUGGUUGAUGCCAAUUCUAUAACUUGGAACAGAAUACAGCAUCCUUUAACUUCUCUUUUGUUUAUUCUUAAUUGUGACUAUUAGUUUCAUUAUGGAAAACAUUACCCGAGUUCGAGCAUUUUCAUCUCCUGAAUUGGCACCUUCUCCAUCUAGUCCAGCUAUUCGGCCAGAAGAUUAUAGUUUGGAAGGUAUUGCCACAAACGUGAAGCUAUUGCUAAAACUAAUCCAAGAACACAACGGAGCAAGCACUAUCGAUGACAGGAAAACGCAGAGGAUUGCUGGCAUGAUCACAAUCUUAGAUGAUGUUAAAUCAAGGAUAGAAAAAUCACAAUCUGCACGGAAAAGAUUAGCAGAGCUAAGGAGAUGCAAUACAGAACUUAGGCCUAGUCGCACCCCAAAUACACCAACAAGGGACAAGAAAUCUCAAGAAUCAUUAGCUGAUGAUAAUGAGAAGUUAAAGAAACAACUUAGUGCAAGUUUGGCAGCAAGAAAGAGUCUAGAGAUUAUGUGUUCAAGCUUGGGGAAGGAAAAAGAAAUUAUGGCUAGAGAGGUUGCAAGAAAGGUUGGUGAAUUGAAUGGCAUGGAGGAACUUAUCAGUGAUCUUAAGGCACAAAAUGCAACUUUGUUGGCAAAACUACAAUCUCAUGCAGCGGAGCAGAAGGAAAAGAGAAAUAGCGGAGGAGAUGUUCAAGGGAAUGCAGCACUUCAGGAUCGGAACAAGGCUCUUUCAGAUCAACUCCUCAAAUCUCUUGACAGUUACCGAUCUUUGAAGAGGAAAUACAAGGAUGCAAAAGAGGAAAACUUUAGAAUUCAGACAACACUGGAGGAGAUUGGAGUUGAAGUAACAGCUGGAUUUGAACAAAUCCAAAGCUUCAGGCAAAGAAUGGGUUCAUGCAAAGAUCAACCACCAGAUAUAGAAAAGGAGAUUUCAGCAUUAGAGCGAAUGUUCGAGCAAGUUAACAUGAAAAUCUGCAAGCAUGAGGAAAAGAAUGCCGAAUGUGCUAGACCAAAAGCUGAGAUUAGUGCCAGCAAGCGUUCUGUUGUAGCAUAAGAAGGGUGUCUGAGGUCAGAGCAUGGAGCAGCCUGCUCUGGAAUUUUUGCUGCUUUUUUCCGUUUUGAUAUUUUACAUUAUUCAUUGACAGAGGAAGACAUGAUUUGCAGAUAUAUUUGGAUUAUUGUGAAGGGGGAAGCAGUUGUAAUGUGUCAAAAGUAGAAAUCAUUAGCCACAUUAUGUGUUCAUGCUCAAUUGACUAGUUCAGUUACAUA